AUGACCCAAUUCGAUGAGUUGUCUAUUAAGUGUGGAGUUGAUGAGACAGAGAGCCAACAAAUUGCUAGGUUCCACACUAGUUUAAGGCCUGAACCAAGGAGAGAGAUGUUUCCCCAUCGUAUAACAUCUCUUGAGCAAGCAUUUAAUCUAGCUCAUGACUUUGAGCAGAUGAACAAAGGGCCAAGGGGAAGGCGGUAUGGCAACCCCUUAAAUGAAUCAUAUCCUAGGAAAAUCCAAGGCACUGACAAGUCUAAACAAGCAUCUGCAGGACAUGUCACUUCUCGUGGGAGCAACCCUACAGUCCAACAACGAUUAGAUAAAGGGAAAGCCCUGAUGGCGGGAUCCUCUCGCCAAAAUUUUGGCACAAAAGUAUGUUUCAAGUGCCACAAAAAGGGGCACUUUGCUAGGAAAUGCCCUAUUAGGAAUUUAGCAAUUGAGAGAGAAGAGGAAGAGGAAGAGGAAGAAGAUGAUGCACCAUAUGAUGCUGCAAAUGAAGCGGGUGAAGGUGUGCUAAGUAGUGAGGAUGAUGAGAAUGUGCAGCUAAGUGUGAUAAGACGUCUUAUGGUAAUGCCUAGGGGAGAGGAAGAUUGGCAUCAUACUUCUAUUUUCUACACUUAUAUCAAGUGUAGGAGUAAAAACUACAAGGUGAUCAUAGAUGCCAUCAUGCCAGUAAGCCAUAGGUUCUUAGUCCCCAAUAAGAUUGGAGAGUAUGAGGACCAAAUUUGGUGUGACGUGCUCCCCAUGAACGUUGCUCAUAUUCUAUUUGGGAGACCUUGGCUAUUUGACAUGGACGUCUCACAUAAUGGUCCACUUGAGCCCAAGAGUGAGAAAAGCAAGAAGAAAGAGGAGACGAAAGGAAAACAAGCUGGUCGAUCCUUACAUAUUUUGAACAAGAAGGACUUUGAGUUUGAGAGUCAAGAAACUCAGGUGGUUUAUGUGGUUGUUGCCAAGGAAGCCGAGCUGGAGAGUCUUGAGCAGGAGACACCUUCAGAACCACCGAGUGAAUUGCCUCCGAUGAGAGAUAUUCAAUAUGCUAUUGAUCUUGUUCUUGGUUCAUCUCUACCUAAUUUUCCACAUUGUAGAAUGAACCCAAAGGAACAUGACGAGCUAAAGAGGCAAGUAGAUGAACGAAGGGAAAAGGGUUUUAUUCAAGAGAGCAUGAGUCCAUGUGCAUGUCCUGCCCUUCUCACUCCCAAAAAGGAUGACAACUGGAGGAUGUGCAAUGAUAGUAGAGCUAUCAACAAGAUCAUCGUCAAGUAUCAAUUUACCAUACCUAGACUUGACGACAUGCUUGACCAGAUGGUGGGACCCAAAAUAUUUUCCAAGAUAGAUCUUAAAAGUGGAUACCAUCAUAUUAGAAUUCGACCAGGGGAUGAGUGGAAAAUAGCUUUCAAGACAAAGGAUGGGUUAUAUGAGUGGUUAGUGAUUCCCUUAGCUUAA